CCUUUACUGCCGUCAUGCUGCAUGAAACGGACCUGUAGCCGUGUUGAUACCUAGGUGGUUUUGACGUCCGAUGUCACUUUGAAGGGGAUGAUACAGACAAUGAUGAAUCUACUGACCAUCGUAAUCGCCACAGGGCUGGCCGCUGUAGUGAGAGGAAACCCCGCCGCUGACCUGUGCCCCGGACAUGUGGAGUGUGGUACCAUCACACAGGAGAGAUACACGGCCGCGGCGGGAGACGUCACGAAGCAGUGCAAGGCGCUGUAUUUCGGGUUGGACUGUUUGGAUCGCGUGAGGAUGAACUGCUCCGCUUCCAAGACGUUCGGGUUGUCCGAGGCCAUCAAAUUUGCCAGAGAGCAGCUCAACAAGCUCAACUGCACAUAUGCUAUUCAGGAGGCAGCUAUGACAAACGGGAGUAUGGGGACAACAGGGGUCGGGCCUGUCGCCCCUGGCUAUACAGGAGGAGUUCCGGGUACUGGAGGCACCCUGCCGGGUACUGGAGCUGGGGGGACGUGGUGGCAGCCUGCAGGGUCGGUGUCUACCCCACCGACAAUUCCAACCGUGGGAACACAAAUGACCCCCCCGAGUGGAGAUGCCGGUCGCUCUUGUCAGUCGCUGUCACUCGUCUUGACGAUCGUGCUCAUUUCAGGACUGUUAUCAUUUUUCUGAACAAAGGCGACGAAUCAAUGGGGUCAUUUAUUGGCAAAAUAUAACUGAAAAUAGAUUGAUUUAGGGAAACCUUUUAUAAAUGUACCACAGCUGUUUAAAUAAACAAAAUUUGCCUUGAAA